AUGCUGCCAAACGCUUCAUCUUCCUCGACGGCAAGGCUGCUCCGCGUAGCUUCCAUCAAUGUCACUCGCCCUCUGCUCCUGAGACCACCAGCUCGUGCUUUCACUUCAACACCCUCCCGCACCCUUGCAGCACCACCAUCAUCUCAGUCCGAGACAGAAGAACUCAACGAAGCACAGCGCUACCUAGCCAGCAAGGCAGCACGCAAGCUUGACCGCUCUCAGAACCCCACAGGCUCAUCUGCACGCCACGCCUCGCUCUACAGCCAACUCUUCCCUGCCUUGCUGCGCAUCCUGGCCUACGGCAGCAGCGCUUACUUUGGGCUCCAUCUUCUGUGGAACGUGCUGGAUCGGGAUGAGCAGACUGAGCUCAUGAAUGCACAGACGAGCGGGUUAGAGUCGACGGCAAGAAGCCUGGUCGAGAAGGUGGAUCAGGCGAAGGAGAAGGUGCAAGGAGCGGUCUCAUCAGCAGUGUCGGAUGCACAGGAGGGGGCGGAGAAGGCCAAGGGGAAACGGUGGUAUUGGCCUUUCUGA